AUGUUGUGUAUCCUCGCUGUAUCUCUUCUUGCUCUGUCCGCCGUAAGCACGAGCACGCCCACCACCCACUCCACAUUUCCCGUCGUAGGAGCUUGGUAUACCGGUUGGCAUGCUACUGAGGGGUUCCCGCUGUCUUCAGUCAGCUGGGGGAAGUACAAUACACUGUACUACUCAUUUGUAACACCCACUUCAAGCGUCGACAGUUUGAGCCUGGACGGUUCUAAUGGCGAUCUACUUCCUCAGUUCGUUUCAGAUGCCCAUUCAAACGGUGUCGCAGCCCAUGUUGCUGUUGGAGGCUGGCUUGGGAGUGUUUGGUUCUCUUCUAGCAUUGCUACAUCUGAAAACCGGACGGCAUUCGUCAAGACCGUGGCAAAAUUUGCUCAUCAGUACAACGUUGAUGGCAUCCAGUUCGACUGGGAGUAUCCCGGCAGGCAGGGUGCUGGUUGCAAUACCAUUAACGUCAAUGACACAUCCAAUUUCCUCAAUUUCCUCCAAGAGCUACGCCGAAACCCAGUGGGAGCAAAUCUGACACUCUCGGCGGCGGUAUCCCUCGCACCCUUCACAGGCGCUAGCGGAAAUCCUUCUGCUGAUGUCUCCGGUUUUGCGCAGGUUUUCGAUUACAUCACCUUGAUGAACUAUGACGUUUGGGGUUCUUGGUCUGAGCAUGUGGGACCAAACGCACCGUUGAACGACACCUGCGCCUCAUCCACGAACCAAAAGGGCUCUGCUGUUUCUGCAAUCAAGGCUUGGACUGCCGCAGGCAUGCCGGUCAACAAGAUCGUGCUUGGAGUUGCUUCCUACGGCCACUCGUUCAGCGUAUCUCCCUCUGCCGCCUUCGAGUCUGGCACGAAGACGCUAGCUGCAUACCCCGCUUUCAACGCCUCGAAGCAGCCCUUGGGUGACGUGUGGGAUGACACUAGUAGCGUUGAUGUUUGCGGCGUGAGCCAUGGCCCAGGUGGCACUUUCAGAUUUUGGGGCCUCAUGGACGACGGCUUUCUUACCAAAGAAGGCACGCCUGCCGAUGGCAUUUACUAUAGAUAUGACGAAUGCAGUCAGACUCCGUAUGUAUAUAAUGAGACUUCGCAAGUUAUGAUCUCCUUCGACAAUACUCAGUCUCUCGCUGCCAAGGGCAAGUUUAUUCAGGAAACUGGGCUGCGCGGUUUCACGAUGUGGGAGGCUGCUGGUGAUUACGACGAUAUGCUCCUAGAUUCUAUUAGCAAUGCUAUGGAGUGUUAA